AUGAGAAGGUUUUUUCCUUCAAUUAGAAACGAGGUGUUGAAGGCCGUGGUUGCUCAAUUCAAUGCUGCUCAGCUCCUCACCGAGCGUCCUCAAGUAUCAGCGCUUGUCCGUGACUCUCUCAUCAAGCGUGCCAAGGACUUCAACAUCGAGCUCACGACGUUGCAAUCACGCAUUUAUCAUAUGGUAUGGAGUUCUCCAGGGCGGUUGAGGCGAAGCAAGUUGCUCAGCAGGAAGCGGAAAGGUCGAAGUUUAUGCUUAAGCGGGGAUGGGACUCAUCAAGCUCAGGAGGUUACAGCUACACUGGCUAGGUCUCCAAACGUGUCUUACUUACCUGGUGGACAAAGCAUGCUCUUUUCUUUGAGCUACUAA